AUCUUCUCAAGUCUCCCUACAGAAAUGUAAAUGUAUUUCCUACCUCAGGAUGCUCAAAUGGCUCUGAGGGUUUCUGUCAUGGUAUACACUGAAAACCUCCAAAUUAUCAUUUCUAGUGAAAGCUGGACUAGCUUUCUAACUGCUCAUAGGAAAUUUCUAUUUGGAUACCUUGUUAUCAUUUCAAGAGAUGCCCUUUCAAGCUUCUUGUCUUCUGGUUUCUUGAGUUGAGAAACUUGGAAUUCCUCAUCCUUUCCUUCCUAUCAACUUAAUUUCACUCCCUCUCUUAUUCCUAUUCCAACCACUGAAGACCAGACCUACAUUACUUAAAGCUAUGUGACUGGGUGGCCUUCUCUUUGGUUUCCCAGACUCCAAUCUCUAACCCUUUCAAAUCCUUCCUACCAAAUCCCAUGUGUUGGGCACAUGGCCGGUGUUCCGUAUAUGUAAUUUACACAAUAUGUAGAUCAUGUCAGUCAAUUCAGUACCGGAGGCUGGAUACGUAAUAAGUACCGUAUUAUGCCAUCUUCCAUACAUCAUGUAGCCGACUGGGUUUCUCACUAUUUUUUAUCACAUCACCUCCAAGAGAAGGUAGGGUAGGAUGGAGAGCAUCAAGUUAACUGAUACUGGCAGAAAGAUCUGGAGAACCCACUCAGCACACUACUCUUGCCAUCAGAAUUAGGGGGCCGUUGGUCCGCCCCAACAGUCUGAUUCCCUCUACUUACUGUCAAGUUUGCCCGUGAGGAAAACCUCUGAAUGAGGUUCUUAAACCUAAGAGCGCUUAACAAUCGACAACUGCUCACGGCUGCAUUUCCGAGUCAGCAAGUGUGGGGUGGCCCCGAAGUCUCUAUUUGAGCCUCCAGCCCUGCGGUGAUGCAGGCGACACGGGGGCGGCACCCCCAGGUCCGCCCGCUGACUUCACAAAGGGCUGCUGCCGCCCACUUUCGGCGGCCGCCCCGCCUCGGCUUCUGGCGGACAGCUUCUGCCGCCGUCCGCCUGCCCUGACCGCUCUGACCUGGUGGCUCCCGGCGGAUUUCCAAUAGGCCGUGGCAUCUGGUGCUGGAGUUCCACGACCUAAGCUACCAGUCUUCCUCUGCCGCCAGCCACUAGCAAAAGCAGAGACGACCCCCGCCAACUCCGGUAUCCAGGAGCCUGUAACGGGGCCACCUAUUGGCUCAGCUCCGCGCGCUGGGCGGCACUUCCAAAAGCUUUGAGGAUUGGCUGAAGCUUCGGGCACCGCGGCCAGUUGGCGGGUAGGAUCCCGGGCGGAGGGGAGCGCCCCGCCUCUCGGCUGCGGCGGCUGCCGCUCCGGGUAGGAUGUUGUCUGUCCUGCGCGGUGAGGUCCCUGGAGCGCGUGUUUCUUUUCGCCCCCAUCGGGUGGGUCGGGCUGGCCUGCGAAUUAAACAGGCAAGAGGUGUUUGAGGGCGCCGUGACGUCAUAGUUCACAGAAACCCCAAACUCUUGGGCUCAAGCGAGCCUCUUACCUCAGCCUCUGGGGUAGCUGGGACUACAGCUGCCCACCACUAUGCCCAGCUAAUUUUUCUAUUUUUAGAAAGUAGAGAUGGCGUCUUGCUCUUGCUCAGGCUGAUCUCCAACUCCUGGGCUGAAGCAGUCCACCGCCUCAGUCUCCCAACUCCCAACCUCAAGCAAUCCACCUGCUUCAGCCUCCCACGGUGCUAGGAUUGUAAGCGUGAGCUACCCAGCCAGGCCUGCAUGAUUUCUUUUUAUUCAACAAGUCUCUGGUUUUAUCCACCUUUUUGACCACACCACUAUUAUGCCUGAGAUUUAACAGAAAAUGUUCCUUUUCCAAAUUCAAUCUGUUUUGUUUGAUUUUACAAAUACUUGACUUUUGUUGAUUUCAGGAUCCUAAAAAUUUGCUUUUGCUUUUUCAAAUGUUAUAUCCAAAUGUUAAAAAUAAUUUUUUUGGGGGGGUCCUCAGAUUGUAAAGGAAAAUAGGAAUAUGAUAGCAGAAUCAAGUACUUAAAAAGAAAGUCUCCUUUGAACUCACUUUAACUCAGGGGAGGAUGAAGUCCCUCCCCUGACAGCUUUAGUAGUCUGUCUCCAAGACAUCUUCAUUAGAAUUGCCUAUGAUCUUCACUUUCUUAAAACAAGUCCCUAAUAUAGGCAUAUUUAAGAUAGACCCUUUCGCCCCACUUAUCCAACUCUUUGAACUUGGUGAACAAUAACAGAACACCCAGUAAAAUAAUGUCUCAUGUAAAUUAGGCUUAUGAAAUAUUAAAAGGAAAUAUUAAAUCCUCCAGUUUUCUGCCACUAUGAGACGUGGCAUGACAAAAACUUUUUGAAACAUUGCCAAAUGCAAAUACUAGUCUCUUCACAAAAUGUACUCAUAUAAAGGAAUUAUUUCUUUGAUGGCAUUCUUUUCCUAGAAGGCUUAAGUCAUUAAUCACCCAUGACCAAAGAUCCCCACAUUUUCAAAACAGAUCCAAUUAUAUUUCAGGUGGCUGGAAACCGAUUCCAGUAGAUUUAAUAUGGCCUUAUUACAAUUUGUUUUGUGUUUGAGUGAGUUAAUAUAAUAGAGGUGUGAACAUGAAAUAAAAACGUAGAAGGAAACUUUGCAAAGAGGAUUUCGAACACAUACUUAUUGAGUCUUAAAGGGAUAUAAGGAUAAGCUUAACAGUCAUAAUUAAAUCUUUCUAGGGGAAAUAAUGUUUGUGGGUAAGAUUAAAAACCACAAUACUGAAAUGUAGCCUGCAGCAUUCAACCCAUUCAAUUGGCAUUAAACUGCUAAUUGGUGAAGUAAGUAUUGUGAAUUGAAUUUUAAUUCUAAUGUGCUUGACAAAGCUAAAUUGCAGUGCAUUUCAUCUUUAUGGAUACAAAACUGGAAUGCAUUAUGCUAUUAAAAAUGUAUUCUUAUUCACUAGCAUUUGUCAUUAAUUUUGAAGUAUCCUGAGCUCUUAGUAUACUAAUGAUGUUCUGUACCAUUUGAUUCAAUGCAACAUGCCCAUCAAGUGGGUACAAUUAGUGUUCUCAUUUUGCAGGUAAUGAAAGUGAAAGUCAAAAAAUGCUUGCUAGUUUGCCUAAAUGCCAAAGCCACAUCUCAAAAUCAGGGCUCUCUGGGACUUGGGAGACAGUGGGAGCUCCAGGGCCUGUUCUGAGAAUCUUGACACUAUAUUGAUUCCCUUCAGAGGAAAAACAGUUUUCCAUCCUUCUAUCAUUGCUUCCCUAACUACACUAAAUUGACUUGUAUUGCAGAACUUGACUUCCCACAUACAAGUAUACUUUUAAUAAACAACAUUUCCAACUCUCAGAGUUGGUUUCCUUUAAAGGGUGCGAGUGAGGAGAAAAAACAAGCACAAAACAAAUUGUAAUAAGGCCAUAUUAAAUCUACUCCAAAUUGGUUUCCAGCCACCUGAAAUAUAAUCGGAUCUGUUAUGAAAAUGUGGGGAUCUUUGGUCAUGGAUGAUUAAUGACUUAGGCCUUCUAGGAAAAGAAUGCCAUCAAAGAAAAAUACAUCCUGUAUGUACAUCCUGAUAGAAAUACAUCCUGUUUGGGCACAGUAGAAAGCCCUUUAUUCAAAUAGAUGUUGAAUUCGGGGCAGGCGGAGCGCGCCGGCGUGCGGCGGUCCCCGGAGGCUGCCUGCUAACGCGUGGGGAGACGCCUGGAGGCCAUGGCUGGGGAUGCGAGCAAGGCGUUGGGGAAAGGAAGCUGCCCCCCAGGGCCGGUCCCCGAGGGCCUGAUCCGCGUCUACAGCAUGAGGUUCUGCCCCUUUUCGCACAGGACUCGCCUUAUCCUCAGGGCCAAAGGCAUCAGACAUGAAAUCAUCAACAUUAACCUGAGAAACAAGCCUGAAUGGUACUAUACAAAACACCCUUUUGGCAGAAUUCCUGUCCUGGAGAACAGUAGAUGUCAACUAAUCUAUGAAUCUGUUGUUGCUUGUGAGUACCUGGAUGACGCUUAUCCUGGAAGGAAGCUCUUUCCAUGUGACCCUUAUGAACGAGCUCGCCAAAAGAUGUUAUUGGAGCUAUUCUGUAAGGUCCCGCAAUUGACCAAGGAGUGUCUGGUAGCCUUGAGAUAUGGGAGAGAUUGCACUAAUCUGAAGGUAGCCCUGCGUCAGGAAUUCUGCAACCUGGAAGAGAUGAGAAAACUGAGGUGUGGAGAGGAGGUAUGCAGCCCUGGGUUCCAUAUUGAGGGAGAGAUUCUUGACUACCAGAACACUUCCUUCUUUGGUGGAGACUGUAUCUCCAUGAUCGAUUACCUCCUCUGGCCCUGGUUUGAGCGUCUGGAUGUGUAUGGGAUUGCAGAUUGUGUGAGCCACACCCCAGCCCUGCGGCUCUGGAUAGCGGCCAUGAAGCAGGACCCCGUGGUGUGUGCUCUUCUCCUAGAAAAAAGUGUCUUCCAGGGCUACUUGAGUCUCUAUUUUCAGAACAACCCUUGUGCCUUUGACUUUGGGCUGUGCUGAGCCCACAGUCCCCAACCUCCCCUUCCUCAUGCAGAAUUCCCAAGCUUGUCAUGACUCUGCCGCAGGGAUUGUCUUGGGAAUCAAUCUGUCUCUGUUCCUUUUCUUUGAGGUUCCCAAUAAAAAUGAAAACAG